UAGAACUGAAUUCUAGUAAAAUAAUGACGAAAGAAUGAAUUUGAGGCAUGCGAAUAUUCGAAUUUUUGGAAUUACCGUGCUCAGAUAUUGUCCAAAUCUCAUCAUGUGUUGAUCGAUAUGAUCGUUGCCAAAUUAAACUCGUAUCAAACUCAAUUUCCAAUUUCUUUACAUUAUGUGGUCCUUGCUUCUUUACACAGACCAAAUGGCAAUUCAUAAAAGAAGGCAAAAUUUACGCAUUUAUUCGGCCUAAUUGUACAUUUUUCGAUGAAGGUUCAUUACGACUAGAAUGGGUGCCACAAACAGACAAUGAACUACGAAUGAUUGUCAUUGCAUAUGGCAUGACACAAAUGGUUCGGGAAGUAUUUCCCUCCCUAAGCCGUAUUAUAAGCGAGCAGAACCAAUAAAAAAUUGGU